AUGAAUUUGUUUGUAAUUACUUACACAAAUGUUGUCAAUAUUAAAAUAAUAAAACAUGACAGCAACCAGAAACUGAAAACACAAUCAUUUUUAAAUCAAUUGCAGCAGCCAAUCAAACCUUAAGAAAUACUUAAGCGAAAAACACCAAAAAGUACUCCUAAGUGGCUUGCCAAUUAUUUACAGCAACAAGAACCAACUAAUUUAAUAGACUGGCCUGUUUAUUUUGCCUCUACACUGCCCUCGUGUGGUUACAACGUUAUAGUUUACUACACUUUGUGACAAGAGUAUGAGUGAAGUGAGUGUGUGUGGGGAGGAGGGAAAGAGAUGACAGAGAUUCAAAACCUCAAGCUGGCUUAUGUUUGUGUUUCAGCUCCCAUAUGAAAUACGGCGAAGAGGUUCUUUCUGGAGCCCGCUAAUGCUCGCCCACAUCUUGCCUCUGCCCGCAAAGAGACUCAUUACGUCAGACUUUACAAUGAACUACAACAGUACUAGCGCUUUAUGGCCGGACAUUAAAUUAGAAGGUGUAUAUCAUCAGCUUAGAAACUGCAGAAUCCAUCAAUAUGCCUUGGGACACAAGCGCUUCCUGUGAAUUUCCAAACGCCUCAUUUUAUUCUGUCAGUGGGAGCCAGGGUCUCUCUCGAUGGAAGAAACCAUUUGGACUCAUGAAGGUGGUGUUCGUGUUUCAGCUCGCUCGCUUUUUAAAAUACCAACACGUCUUUUCUUUCAUUCAUACGAACUCAUAGAAUUUAACUACGUUGUAUGAAAUACGGAAUUAAAACAAGCGUACAGAACGACGGUUUAUAAAAUAUGUGAAGCACAUUGUGAAUUCCUACCCUCCUGAAAAAGUUGGUACGUCUUACACCCCGCCGUUAGCCGUUGUUGUACCCUAUGCUACUGAACAGAUUUACCGCGAUACAAACUAGCUUCCCACUGGCCUCAACCGCCAGAAAAGAUGCUUCUUCGCAGGAUUAAAACGAUAAAACAAACACCGGGACGUCUGUUAAAACUUUACCCAACUGUGCCCAAACUUUGAUAAGACCACCAACCAGAUAUAGUUUCGAGUGUGUUAGCUUUGUUUUAUUAUCUCCUCACUAUUCUUUUUUUUUUUUUUCCCCACUGGUCGAGGUUUUCUGCUUCUUUCUUUUCUUUUCUUAUUUUUCCUGUUCAUUGGAGGAGUCCAGUCUGAUGAAUUCGCCGAAAAAGGACGGAGACGAUGAUGUGCCCGUUAAAGACCCGGUGAAAUACGGAGAGCUGGUCAUUUUGGGGUACAAUGGCUCUCUGCCGAGCGGAGACCGCGGGCGCAGAAAGAGCCGCUUCGCUCUUUACAGAAGGGCCAAGGCCAACGGCGUCAAACCCAGUGCUGUGCACAUCCUCAACACGCCGCAGGACAGCAAGGCGGUCCACAGCAGAGGGCAGCACAGCAUCUCUUUCACACUGUCCCGUAACCAGACUGUGGUGGUGGAGUAUUGCCAUGACAACAGCACAGACAUGUUCCAGAUCGGACGGUCCACAGAAAGUCCCAUUGACUUUGUGGUGACCGACACCUCCGGAGGGGGAACAGAAGGAGAUGACCCCUCCGUUGCUCCCAGCACCAUCUCCCGCUUUGCCUGCAGAGUGGUGUGCGAGCGCAACCCGCCCUACACCGCACGCAUUUACGCCGCAGGCUUUGACUCGUCUAAAAAUAUCUUUUUAGGGGAGAAAGCAACCAAGUGGAAAAAUCCUGACGGCCACAUGGACGGCCUCACCACCAACGGGGUGCUGGUGAUGCAUCCGGAAGGUUUCCCGCAGGACCCCAAGCAGGGUCUGUGGAGGGAGAUUUCUGUGUGCGGAGAUGUCUAUGCCCUCAGAGAAACGCGCUCUGGGCCCAGUCGGGGCAAACUGGCAGAAGGGGAGAGCAGCGCACUGCGGGACGGCUCCCUGGUGGAUCUUUGCGGCGCCACUCUGCUGUGGCGCACCGGGGAGGGACUGAUGCGCGCUCCCACCCUGCGUCACCUGGAGGCCCUUCGUCAAGAACUGAACGCGUCCCGACCGCAGUGUCCUGUAGGCCUCAGCACGCUGGCCUUCCCAAGCUUACCACGCAGCCACAGCCUUGAAGAGCGUCAGCCCUGGGUCUACCUCACGUGCGGCCACGUCCACGGACGCCACGACUGGGGCCAGAGAUCUGAGAGGGUGGAGGACCCCGGGGAGGGUGAGGGCUCCACCAAGCGCCGAGAAUGCCCCCUGUGCAGAAGCGUGGGCCCCUACGUGCCGCUGUGGCUGGGCUCUGAGCCUGCCGUGUACGUGGACGCCGGAGCACCCACUCACGCCUUCGUACCGUGCGGCCACGUCUGCUCGGAGAGGACAGCCAAAUACUGGGCCGAGACCCCUCUGCCCCACGGGACACACGCAUUCAGGCCAGUCUGCCCCUUCUGCUCCGCCGCCCUCGGUACCCCGGGCUGGAUACGGCUCAUCUUCCAGGGCCCCAUCGACUAGCUGGACCUUCAGUAACCACCAUCCCAACCACAGGAAGCUACUUGAGCCUCAUUCUCGUGGCAAACGUCAAUGAGUGAUGAAUCAAUUCAGUGUUGAGUAUGGCUGUCAGGGCAGCAUAUGCGUUCUGAGUGGUCGACCACGCUCUCGCAACGUUGUGUUACAGAAUGUCAAUCCGUCCCCUUGUUUAUCCUUCUGAGCUUCAAGAUCAGGAGGACAUGACAGACUAAUCAGUGCUAACAAGUAGAUAGUGAUUCUUCCAAUCUAACAAAAACAGAGUGAGCUAAUUUUUGUUACGUAGAACGUAAAGAGAAUCUGUGGUGAUGCUGCUUGAGCUUUUAAAAAUCCCUCACUAUAAGAUGACUCAGCCCCGUUGUACUGUAACUACACACUAUCAGGUUCAAACAUCCUUUUUAAUUCUCUUCAGAGUGUGAAAUGUUAAGUAGCUUUUUUGCACAUACAAAACGAAUGGCCUUGACUGUCUCUUUUCCAGCGUUAAUUGCAGCUGUGUUCAUUUAGUCCACUAGCACGUCUCCCGCUGAUAUUACAUAAGUCGCCACAUCCUGAAGAUCCUUUUAACAGAAAUGGUCUCAGCUUCACUGUGGCCGUAACUUUUACUUCCUUCAAUUACUCUCAUUAUCUUCCCCAGUUUUUCAUGUUAGCGCCUGAAACAGGAAGGCUUACCCCCUUUAACUACACUAAAAUAUGAACGUUCCAACUGAUCCAUUUAAUUGCGCACUUUGUUCUCCUUUGUCUUCACCAAUCCUUUUAGUGUUAAAUCUAUGCACAGAUACUCCUGUAAACGAAACCCCUUGGUGAUCUCUUAAGUGGCAGAGUGAGCAUUACGUACGGCGCCUUUCAAAAGUAUUCACACACGUUAAACUUUUUCACGUUUUGUCAUUUAAAAAAAAAGGAUUUUAUGUGACAGACCAGCACAAAGUAAGGGAUAAUUGGGGAGUGGAAGAAAAAUUAUGAAUGGUUCUGGUUAAUUUUUUAUUUUUUUUGCAAAUCAAAAUCUGAAAAGUGUGGUGUGCUUUUGUAUUUACUCUGAUAACCCCAUAUCUAAAGUCCAGUCCCACCAAGCGCCUCCAGAAGUCAUCUAAUUGGUAAAAAGAGUUUAGAUGAGAGAGUGGGUCGACUGCAUAUUUGUGGACACCACAAAUCUGGCCUUUGUGGAAGAAUCUUGAGAAGAAACUUUAGUUUGUGUUACUGUCAGAGUUGAUGGAAGAUGAUUGGAGCUAAAAACAGGUCAAUUGUGGCCCCAAAAAUAUCAGGUGCUGCAGGGAAACUACUUUCAACAUGCAGUCAGAGAGCAAUUGGAAUGGUUUAGGUCAGAGAAUAUGCAUGUGUCUAAAUGGCCCAGUCAAAUUAGGCCUCAAUCUUUGACAUUAUUUAAAAAUGUAUGAUCAGUUUUUAAAAGUUGAAUGUGGAAAAUGUAAGUGUAAUAGCGCUGCAGCUUUAAGUGGAGCAAAUGGUGGUUUCACAAAGUAUUCACACACAGAGGGGUUCAAUACAAAUUCAUGCCACCGUUUUUUUAAAGAAGUUUGGAAAAAACUACUUUGUGUAAAACCCCAACGAAGUGCAAUGAAGCUCACGGUUGUAACCAGUUGUGAAAAAGUUAAAAGGAUAGCAAUACAUUUGCGAGAAGCCGUACCGUAACCUCAGUUAUGAAGCAGAAUGAGGAUAAACAAAGGCAGGGAAUUAAAACUGGGUUCACUUCACUUCACAACUCUCAGAAGCAAUAAUAGCACUUGCAUAGAUAAGCUACGUGUUUUUUCUAGGUCUAGCCAGGCGUUCGGUCGGCUGUUCCUGGAAGCUCGAGGGGAAGAAAAAUAAAAAAGGGUUUUCCAGGUUCAGAGGUCAGCCAGAGGUGUGUUCAGUUCACCAGAUUCUGCGCAGCGUCCUCGCCAUCUUAAAGGAAGUCGACGGGUUCUGAACUGCGUUGAUUCUGAACGCACCUCGGGUCGCUGAACUUCUUCUGACAGUGUGCGUGUUGGUGUGACGGAAGGGGCGGUGCGGUUUGUUCUUGUGUGACCUCAAAAAGAAAAAACUUUUGUUUCAAAGGGGGGGAAAAAAAACUAUUUUGUUAAGAAAAGGGGGAGGGCUUUAUUUUGAGGGAAGCGGGAGGAAUUCUUUUAGAUGUACAAUGUUUAAAACAAACAGACAAAAAAAAUCUAAUAACUAUUUUUCUAUUCGCAGUGGGUCUAGUUAAUUAUUCCUACAUGGUGUGAGCAAGUUGUGCCCAGCUGUAACUGUGCGGUAGAUUAGCAGAGCCCGUGAAUGAGAAGACAUUACCAACACUGUGUCCACUUCCACACUGCUACCAUGAAACAUUGCCCAGACAAUGAAUGUAGCCAAAUACUCGGGCUAUGUUUAGCCUUCGCUGGUGCUCAUACUGAAUGGUCUAUAUUGUGAUGCUAUUUUUAUAACUGGAUAUUAUGCUGUAGCUUGGUGAACUAGCUUGAAAAGGUGUGGAAGUCAUGAAAAAGUCAGUUAUACACGCUCACAAGGGAGCCGUGUCCAGCUCGCAUGCGCUGGACAGUAUUUACGCUACAUGGACACUUAUUCAGAAACGCUGCACGGUGGUUUGCGAAUUCGUUACUCACGCUGAGCAAGUAUGUCACAAUUAAGGUUGUCUUCCGAGUCAAAAAGUUAAACCGCUUUUUUUUUCUUUUCUCAAAGUUUUGUGCUGUUGUUUCGAGGGGAAAAUGAAGAAAACGAGUCUUAAAAAAACUGGGAUGCACGGAUAUGAAAAUCUGGGCCAGUAACGAUAUCCGAUAUUAAUAUCGCUGUUGUGGCUGAUAACCAAUAUUUACCAAUAUUAUUUAUUACUUCAUUACCUUUUUGACACCUUAAACAAAAUGACCACACUUUCAGUUAAAAUACCCACAAUCCUGCACUGCAUCACUUUGAAUGUCACAUGACCAACAUUCUCCCUUGCCCCUACGAAAACAAACGCAACAAGAUGGGGGAAAAAAUCCUCCCAGUUUUAUUUAUUGGACAAAUAUAUCAUAAAAUUACUAAUAUCAGCAAGUGUCUAUGUAAUUGUCGAUAUGUCGUGGGACCCUAAAAAAAUAACAUAAUUCUUGAUAUAACUUCAUAAAUGACACCUCUUGAACUGCUAUGCUAACGUUUUCCAAUAAUUCUUCUGCAGGAUGUUGAUAGAUUUGGCACAUGUUUCAUUCAGCCGUUAAAAAAACGCGUCCUAAAAUACUUCAAAACGUGCUGUUUUUUGGAAUGUGGUGUUUUCUUUUUGUGUUUUUUUUUUUUUUACCCAUUUGAAGCCUGAAUGCCGGAUUUAUUGUGUGGUGGAUAAGUCAUGUUGUAGUGACAAUAACAAUAGCUCAGGAUUAGCGAUCUCAGAGUCACAGCUGGCAGGGCAACCCUAGUGCAACAUAGAGGAAGCAGAAAGUUUGUGAAUAUAUUCAGCUGUUUGAGGUAAAGAAGGCUUGAUGACCAGUGGUGUCCAGAAGACGUGAGACUGAGAUACGUUUGCAAUUUUGAACAAAUGUAUCUCACCUGAAAUAAUUGGCUUACCAGCUCAUGAUGCAUUUCAAACACGGCAUCAAGCUUUUGAAUUAUUUUUGGGCAGCCUGUGAUCCACACCACAUAUGAUGACACACUAAAAAGAAAGUAGAAAACAAUUGAUCCAAAUUGUGACUUUUGUUUUCUUUUUUUUUUUUUACGUUUGUGGAUAAAGAUUUACAAAAAUCAUACCACUUGGAUUAUUUCACUAAAAUAUUUAAAAUAUAAGCAGGUAGAAAUUAAAAAUGGCCUGUGAGUCCUUUCAACUUGAACAUAUUAGCCUGUGUGGCAAAAAGUUUGGACACCCCUGAUCCAAGUUGAUUUUGUGCUGCAGUGCCAGCUGAAAUUCAUAUUAUAUUGAUAAUAACUACUUCCAUAUGCAUACACCAUGCUCAGUUAUCGGCCCCUCUGGUAAAACCGCGUGUAAAUCCUUAAAUUGUGUGGUUGCUAUGGAGACUUCACUAAAGCUAAAUCUCGGGCCCCUGUCUAGCCUUGUUUGUUACAAUUCCUGUCAUUCAAAAAGAUGAUUAAUUAUGGCUUUGACUGUAAAUGGGAGUAUUUAUUUUGUUUUAGCCUCCCCCCCUAACCUAUAAAGAUCAACACACCUACCUAAUCUGACAGGUGUGGUCUCUUGUUUUUCCUGUUUUGGAGAGCGGCUUACAGAAACGUGCCUCUGUGUCGCAACCAGUUUAUACCCCAGAGAAUCAUAAAUUACUGACUAAAAUGUUCCUGGAAACGGAUCAACUUAUAAAGCCUAAAUGACAAAACUGCUCCAGUUUACAGGAAUCCUUAGGAAUUCAAUAAAUGUGUCACCAAAAUAUAUAUAUAUAUGUAUAUGUGUAUUUUUUUUUUUGUCAAAUUAAUGGUUUCAAUCUUUUUGAAGAUGUCCAAAAGCAAGAACUUUGGUGGGCUUAUUUUCAGGCUCUCUACGCAUCUACUUCAAUAAGCGUGCCAAUAGGGGUGAAAGGGUGCUGUUAUUAAAAAAGGAGGAGGAAAAACUGACUCCAACAGGCAAAUAUCAGCUGGCGGUUAUGAAUCGUGUCAGCCUCAGUGAAUUGUGCCCGAGAUCUCCGCCUGUAAUUUGGCAUGUGGAUGGAUGAACAUGCCCUCAUUUUGCUCUUUCUUUGCUCCUUUUUCUCUUCUGUAAUAUUUGCUUAAGUUUAGUCUUUGUUGAUUUAUAGGUGUUCAUGUGUUGUUUUCUUUAUUUCGUUUAGGUAUUAGGUACCUCUCACAGUAUUUUAGCACAGCGUUAAUUUGUUCAAUACCACCAGUGAUAUCAUAAGCUCGUCACAAAUGUAGUUUUUUUUUUUUCCAUGUGUAUUCACUGACCCUUAUUCCAGAUGGCGAGACCUCAAACACCUCAACUUCUAAGCUCUCCGUAAUGUAGGUGAGUGAGUAGCUGACGUGUCUAAUACAGCGAAAAACCUCACAAAUAACAAUGCAUUCCUUUGACUAUAUCUUAUGUACAGCUAUUUUGUAUUAUUUUAUAUCAUGUUCCUCUGUAAUUGUCCGGUGCACAGACAAUCACUAUACACAUGUCAAUAAACCAGAUUUU